CUACAACGCCUUGCGCCUCUCGAGAGAGUACGAGAUAUCCCCCCGAGACUUGGCGAGGAGCGUCACGAGUACUGUCUACGACGAGCAUAUCUACAGACCAAUUCAUUGAUCUAGUAUUGGAGAGAUCCUAAGUGCGAUCGCAACCAUGGAUGCAAAGCCUUUCCGUCCCACGCGCGCGUUGCCCGCCGCCAACAACGAGAACUUAGCUCAGGCGAAACAGAACAUUCACCAGCGAUUUAAAUCAACCGGCAGCCUUCGAGGCCAGCCUGCACUUGCCACAAGCACAACCGGCCUACCGCAAGCCACCACAAGGCGUGCUGUUUUUGCCGACAAGAGCAACACGGUCAGAACCAACAUGUCACAAGACGACUCGAAGAUGCCCCAUGCAAAGUUCCAGGUCGCCAGGGCCAAGGAAAACUCAAACCCCAGCCAUGGCGCGCAGAAAGACGCGUUCUUACGCCCCGCACAACGACCCAAGGGUGCCUCGCUCCUUCCCUCGGCAGCAAGCGGCGGUUACCUUCAACCACUGAACGCGGCCGGUGAUUCGCAAGCACCUUCUCAGGGGGCGACCAAACCACUCAAGCGUGCAACCACCAUCGUCUACAACGACAACAGUCGUCCUGCAACAUCAGGUUCCGCCACCAUCAACAGCCAGAAGAUCGAGGCCACUGAUGAAGGCUCCACCGCCGCUGCUGCACCAUUCACACGCAAACCUCGUCAUCACCAGAGCCAGCCCGCUCUCAAGUCUACGCAGCAAAAAGAACAGCACAUCGUCUCCCUGCUUGACGCCGACAUUAAGAAUCUGGUCAACUGGGAACCCCUUACUGCCGAGAAGAACACCCACGAAGAAGACGUCGCUCAAACCCCUUACCUGGACGCCGUGGAGGAACUGUCACCUGAGAAAUUCCCCGUACUCCAGUCUGUUCGGGCAGAAGCUACGCUUUCUGUGCCUGGCCCAGACUCUGAGUUGCGAUCCGAGCCUCGUGCUCUCAAGACCAACUACCAGGAGGAGUGCGUUGCUCCUGCUACGGACCCGGACCACUCUGAUCACGAAGACGAAGACUUCUACGAGGUCGACCAAGGAUACACGACAGCCAACCUGUACCCUGGUGGCGACGCACCCCUCACUGACACCGCUGAGCUCCCCGAAGGCGAGCCUGAGCCCAGCAUCACGGUCACAGUCAUGGACGCCCCAAGGUUCUCCAGCCAGAUGCUGGAAGAGAUCGAGGAAGCCCGUGAGCAUGUAGAGAGGAACCGCAGUUCUGAAGAGGUCGAAGAUGAGCUGUGGGACAUCAGCAUGGUGGCUGAGUACGGCGAUGAGAUCUUCCAGUACAUGAAGGAGAUGGAGAUCGCGCUUCUCCCCAAUCCUCACUACAUGGACAUACAAACCGAGAUCCAAUGGUCGAUGCGUGGUGUGCUGAUGGACUGGGUGAUUCAAGUCCAUGGCCGUUUCAAUCUUCUUCCCGAGACUCUCUUCCUCGCAGUCAACUUCAUAGAUCGGUUCCUCACCGUCAAGGUCGUGUCCUUGGGUAAGCUCCAGCUUGUCGGUGCCACAGCUAUUUUCUUGGCGGCAAAGUACGAGGAGAUCAAUUGCCCCUCUGUGCAGGAAAUCGUCUACAUGGUCGACGGCGGCUAUUCGGUGGAUGAAAUCCUCAAGGCGGAACGAUACAUGCUGAGCAUGCUUGACUUCAACCUCGGUUUCCCAGGACCCAUGAGUUUUCUGAGACGUAUUAGCAAGGCCGACGACUAUGAUCUUGAGACGCGAACCCUUGCCAAGUACUUCCUUGAAGUCACUGUUAUGGACGAGCGCUUUGUCGCCUCUCCGCCAAGCUUCCUUGCAGCCGGAGCUCAUUGUCUAUCACGUCUAAUCCUGGAGAAAGGUGGUUGGACUCUAGACCAUGUCCACUACUCCGGUUAUACAUUCGCCCAGCUGCAGCCCCUGGUAAACAGUGUUCUCGAAUGCUGCGCCAUUGCGGACAAGCAUCAUCAAGCCGUGUUCGAAAAGUAUUCUGACAAGCGCUUCAAGAAGUGCGCCAUCUAUGUUCACGGCCAGAUCAAGUCCGGCUUCUUCCUGGAGCCUGUCAAAGCUGCGGUUUCCGCGGCGAACGCGCGCUACGAGAACUUCCCUUACACCUUGGGCUCCACGACGUCAGCGUACGAGCCCUCAUCGUACAUGAGAAUGCCGAUUCCUAUGCAGGGUUGAACAAAGGCAUGGCAUGGGGUUACCCCCAAGUGCUACUCCACAGAGACUACGGCAUGUCCCCGCACCCCUUAUUAGGCCUCAUGGUCAUUUGUACAUAUUGCGGCGCUGUCGUCUGUCGGCGAGUUGCAGGGCUAGUUGCAAGGGGGGCUUACUAUUCUCGGCAC